AUGGCUGAAGUCAGCUCAUUGAAUAUUUGGCCAGAAAUAGAAAAGGCAGAAAAUGAGAACAGGCGUGAGCUGGUUCUUCAGGGUUCAGCGGUUCACAAAAAGAUCCAGAGCAGCGGCGGAUUUCACGCGCGACUUUAUUCCCUCUCGCUCCUAAACUACCUGGAGAUCAGUCAAUAUUUUAAAGGGAACAAGUUGAAGGACAAGAGGCUUGAGAAGAUGGUGAAUGGCUGCCAGACUAAAUCAGUCCUAGACUACCUGAGGGCAGGUGGGAGGGAGAAAGGGAAAGGCAAGCAGCAGGAUGGAGAGGUGAGCGAGAAGCUUGAUGGAGUCAGGAACAUCUCAAAGAAGAAAAGCGGUGCAAAGCAGAAAGGCAGAAAAGAGGCAGAGGAAGUGGAUGAGCUUAAAAGGAUGGUUGUCAGAGUUCUGCAUGUAUCCAAAGCACCCUCCGCUGUGACAGUCAAAGUCUCUGCAGGCGUCAAGGAUGUUCGGCCAUACAUUGUGUGCUGCAUUGUAAAAGGCAUGAACCUCAGACAAGGAAAUGCACUCAAGCGAUUCUUAGUUGCUCAGACCAAACUUCACGAUGAGAUUUGUGCCAAAAGAACAACAGCAACCAUUGCAACUCAUGACCUUGGCUUGCUGAAGGCUCCUCUGUUGUAUGACGCCAGGCCACCAGAUACACUGAAGAUAGCUCCUCUGGGUCGUAAGGAGAUGAAGGCAACUGAACUUCUGAAGAUGCUUCAGGAGGAAGCAGAUGAACAGAGAAAACAGAAAAAGAGACAAAACGUUUCAGGACUCCAUAAAUCCCUUCAACUCCUUGAUGGGAAAGAUCUUUACCCCUGCUUGAUUGACUCAGAGGAUCAUGUGGUCUCAUUCCCACCAAUCACGAACAGCGAGAGGACAAAGAUAAAGAGGUCCACACAAGAGCUGUUUUUAGAGGUGACGAGCUCCAGCAGUCUGCAGAUCUGUAAAGAUGUCAUGGACGCACUGAUAAUAAAAAUGGCAGAGCUUAAUAAAUUAGCCUUUGAUGCAAAGGAGGAUGUGGGUUCAGAUGAAGAGAUGGAUGUGAUUUCAGAUCGUCCUGCAGAGGACCUAACCUCCUCGGAGCUGACCGUACUACAAGUGAAGGUCGUGGACAUAGAUGGAAACCUUAAAGUGGUUUACCCAUCAAAAACUGACCUGAUGUCCGACGUCAGCAAUCUAACUGCCGUCCGAUAACAAAAUUCAGCUGUUGGUUUUCUUUCUAAUUUUGGAAUUAAUUUACCCCACUCUCCAUAUAGUUUUCUCUCUCAUCAAAUUAAAACUGCUAUUAAUUUAAAAGUUGGAUUCAAUGGUUCUCAUUUACACUCCUGUCUUUUGUAUAAAAGUUUGUUUCCACCUCAGUGUACAGAUUUACACUUCUAAUAUAAUUAAUGUUGUUGAAGUUACUUUG